AUGGCGGCCACGAAACGCAACAUCCUUCUGCUCAUCGCCGAUGAUCUCGGAAAGAACCUAGGCUGCUACGGAGCACCCGUUCUAACUCCCAAUAUCGACGCCCUCGCCGCCGAAUCCAUUCUCUUUUCCCACGCCUUCACCAGCACGGCUUCGUGUUCCAAUAGCCGUUCCGUCAUAUACACCGGUCUCCACACGCACCAGAGCGGCCAGUAUGGUCUGGCAGGCAAAGCCCAUCACUUUGUCAUCUUUGACCAUGUCAAGACCUCGCCGGCCUUCUUUCGCGAGCACGGCUACCUGACUGGCCUGAUCGGCAAAGUCCAUGUCGGUCCGGACCAGGCCUACCCGUGGCACGUGAGGAACGAGAGUACAACCCGCGAUGUCGCCUGGGUAGCUGAUCAAGCCGAGAGCUUCUUCGACCAGGCCAAGGCGACAGACCAACCCUUCUUCCUCACGGUCGGUUACAUUGAUCCCCACCGUGAUAUGACCCGGUCUGGCUUCGGCAAUCAGGAUGUUUUCGAUACCAACAUUCGGGAUGUGCCUUACGAGCCGGCAGACGUUGUGGUCCCGGCAUACAUUAGCAACUUGGAGGAAUCACGAUUUGAGUUCUCUGAGUAUUACCGCUCCAUCAGUCGUCUUGACCAAGGCAUCGGCAUGAUUCUCGAAAAGCUACAAGCAUCGGGCCUCGCUGACGAUACCUUGGUCGUCUUCCUAAGCGACAAUGGUCCCCCUUUCCUAAAUUCCAAGACGACCCUAUAUGACGCCGGCGUUCGCCUACCCUUCAUCGUUCGCAACCCCCAGGCUAACCCCAAGGCCAAAGGUAUCGAGAACCCUAACAUGGUCUCAUACGUCGACAUCUUCCCGACGUUUCUAGACUGGGCCGGAAAGGCGGAGCAGGCACCCACGGGUCUCGCAGGCCAGUCAAUCCUGCCGAUCUUGGAAAAGCCCGAGUUGGUGCCCGAGUCCGACUGGAAACACCACGUAUUUGGAUCCCAUACGUUUCACGAAGUCACCAACUACUGGCCAACCCGCUUUCUCCGGACCCGAAGGUACAAGUACCACCGGAACGUCGCGUGGCGAUUGGACUUCCCAUUCUCCGCUGACCUGUACGGCUCCUUGACGUGGGACGGAAUCCGGCACUCGCAACCCCAGGGCAAGGAAAGAGAUAUCAUGGUUGGGCCACGCAAACUGCAGGAUUACAUAUUCCGGCCCCCGGAAGAGUUAUAUGAUCUUGACGAGGACCCUCUCGAGGUGGUCAACCUUGCCAAAGAUGAAAAAUACCAGGACAAGUUGAGGGAAUUCAGGGGACGGCUGGAGAAGUGGCAGGACGAUACGUUGGACCCGUGGCUCUAUCGAGAUGGAGUUUCAAAAAGAUUCAUCCAGCAUCAUCUGGAUGCGGGUAUGAUUGUGCCUGAUCGGUUCGAUUUGGAUUUGAACAACAUCAGGAUUAGAUGA